AUCAUCAAGGCAUCGAAAAAUGUUGCCCAGGAAUUGCUUCGUGCUUCUUUUUGGAGUUGUUCUAUUAAUCACUAUAGCUAUGACUCAAGCCCAGCCCCCAAUUGGGGGACCCACGCCCCCAACUAGGAGACCAACGCCACCAACUAGGAGACCAACGCCCCCAACCAUGAGACCAACGCCUCCAACUAGGAGACCAACGCCCCCAACCAGGAGACCUACGCCUCCAACUAGGAGACCAACGCGCCCAACUAGAAGACCCACGCCACCAAUUAUAACCACAUAGUAGUAUACAUAAAAAAAAUUUAAUUUUCUAAGAGCCAAUUUGCGCCAUAAAUAUGUUUAAUUAAUACCUAUACAAAAUAGUUUUGCUUGUAAUAAAAUUACGUGAUUUUAUAUGCAA